GGUACUUUGUCCGUCCCAUGUCCAAACCAAUCAAUGGAACGGCGCUGCGUUCUAAGGCAGAGCCGAUAGAGUCUCACGCGGUACCAUUCCCACAGAGCUUGUUCAUUGUUUUCUUGUCGAUCUGGGAAUUGAAGAUUGGAUUGGUAUUUGACUUUGUUGGGUAUUUUCAUAUGUUGAAGUAUUUCAAUCAUGUCAGAUUCAAGUACCUCCUCUCCCAUUACUUCUGGUGCUGGUCUUGCACCGGGAAUCUCUUCUACAGCAAGCUCUACUACGCAAACCACUACUUCAGAAACAUCUUCAUUAGGAAUCUCUUCCACAACAAGCUCUACCACGUUUUCCACAGCAAGCUCUACUACCUCUUCUAAUCCUUCUGGUGCUGGUCUUGCAUCGGGAACCUCUUCCAUAGCAAGCUCUACUGCGAAAAACUCUACUUUAGCAGCCUCCUCAUCGUCGACCUCGACAGCGCUUCCGACCCAUACUGGUCACCAUGGCUCCUCAGUUUCUUCAGGAGCCGUCGCCGGUAUCGCAAUAGCUACUUUUAUUGCUGGCGCACUUCUAAGUUCCAUCUGCGUUUGGUUUUACUUGAGGAGAAAAAGAGCAUCGAAAACACCCUGGAGCUCUGAGAAUGGAUACAGCAAAAGGAAUGCUACUACAGAUCAUGGCGUUGUGAUAUCUAAAAAUCCCGCGACACAAAUGCAAAACUAUUUAGUUGCCGAACGAGCAGAUGAUAGUCAAUUACGGCACCAAAUGCAAAAUCUUGGAGAAUUGAUCUACCAGCAUGUCGAAAAUCAUUAUACUACAGGACCACAUACUGGAAGCUCUCAGGAUUUCACGGCGACAUUGAAGAAAUGUGGAUAUUCGGAACGAACUGAUCCUACUAUCUCUACGCUUGGAUCACUACUUGGCAAUUCUAGUGAGCGACAGACAGCGAUCAAGAAUCUAAUCGCAUGGGUCAUUUUGAGGGGAGUAGAGCUAAAUCGUGCUUCUGAGUAUUCAUUGUUGCCCGAUGAGAUCACAACCUCUUAUCAUUCAGCUUUGAAGGAUAAUAAGCAACUGAACAAACAAGAUGCAGCAUACGAUAACUUACUAUCCCGAGUGCGACAACUAUCCACACAACAUAUAUCUUCAUCAAAAUCUCCAGAAGGCGCUUCCAAAGACCCAUCAAUUGCAAGAGUUGUCAAUCUUCUCAACUCCAUACUCCAGCCUUUCAUAAAACCCAGUAGCAAAAGUUCCCAAUCCGAGAAUCUCGCCUCGAUCGUCUAUCAAGGGAGGGAAUUCGGAUUACUGUUGUUAGCACAGCCAGGAAAUUGGAUAUUUGGUUGGGAAGCAACUCCGGGAGUGGAACCAAACACUAGGAAUCAGAUUGUUGUGUUCCCUAGUUUAGAGGAAGUAAUUAACAGAGAUGGGAAAGAACGCCGAAGGGUUGUUAGUGAGCAGGAGAGGGAAACUUUGUAAGGGAAUAGGCGUUGGAGGUACUUUUGAAGCGUGAACUUCCAUGAUUUAGUUUGCUGCGAGGCAGAAGAGAAGUCGAGGGUUUUAAUGUGCCCUCGAAUAGCCAGUAAUCUCACCUGGAGAACGGGUAAUGAUGUAGCAUUGAUAUUAAUUAAUAAACAAGAUUCUAUGAGCGAUUUAUAUAGCGGAUUAAAUGCUAGUCAUACAUUGAGAAAAUGAGGCUCUAGAGAAUGGGGCCCCAGAGAGAUGUUGGGCUCUUCUAGACAAAUACUUCGUUUUUCUGGGCCA